UUCUAGUUGCUUGAUCUAAUCAACAGCAUCCCUUCAAACAUCCAUAAUAUAGAUUCUUAUUACAAACGGUUGGCUAGGUACCACCUCAUAGCUACUCUCGCAAGAUCAAGCAGCAAUAUUAAUUACCAGCUACUACUAACCAAACACCGUUUCAUAUAAACUGUUGUUGCUGCUACUUACUAGACAUACAAAACCUGAAAGAUGAAGUUUGGGAAAGAGUUCCGCGUCCAAAUGGUGCCUGAAUGGCAAGAAGCAUACAUGGACUAUGAUUUUCUCAAGACCCUUUUGAAAGAGGUACAGAGUUUCCAGCUAAGAACCAGGCCACCCGCAGCUAAUCCAGUAGGCCUAAAAAGAAAGCUCUCGCUAUAUAGAGCUUUCAGUGGCCUGACACAAAGGACUAGUGACUACACCUCUAAGAGCCCUUCUUCUCCUGAUAUUGAAAAACAACCUAUUUUGGUGAAUUCUGUGAACCUCGAUGGAUCUCAAAUCUACCAGACUUCAUUUCUUAUGCCUACUGUCGAAGGAGGAGAAUAUGAGCUUUUGUUUUUCAGGAGGCUUGAUGACGAGUUCAAUAAAGUGGACAAGUUUUACAGGUCUAAAGUGGAAGAGGUAUUGAAAGAGGCUGCAAUGUUGAAUAAGCAAAUGGAUGCUUUGAUUGCUUUCAGGAUUAAAGUGGAGAAUCCCACUGGGUGGUCUGAUAGAACUGCAGAUAUGACUCGCCUUGCUUCAGAUGUUGCAGCUUCUACUGCUGCAUUGGCAGCUUCCACCCCAUCUGGAGCUAGAUCAAGCAGAAGAGGUCUACAGGUAAUGGAUGCGAUUGAUGAAGGGCAAAGCAUGCACGAGCGAUCAAAUGAGUCAAACCAUGAUAAAGUAGAGAAGGAAAGCGAUAACACUGGCCAGAAGGAAGUACAGAAGCCAAAGAACAUGAUCAGAACCUUUAGGCCAGCUCCACUGGAGAUCCUAGACAACGUGAAGAUUAACAACACACUGGCGACACCUCGCUCUACCAUAAAAAACUUCCUUAAAGUUCCCCAACAAACCGAACUGAGAUUCACAAGGGAAAAUCUUAGGAAAGUCGAAGAACAACUCAAGGGUGCUUUUGUUGAAUUUUACCACAAGCUUCGCCUUCUUAAGAGUUACAACUUCUUGAAUACGUUGGCAUUUUCAAAAAUUAUGAAGAAGUACGAUAAGAUUACCACAAGAAAUGCAACUAAAUAUUACAUGAAAAUGGUGGAUAGCUCCUACUUUGGAAGCUCUGAUGAGGUUACCAAGCUUAUGGAAAGGGUUGAGGCAACAUUCAUUAAGCAUUUCUCAAACUCAAAUCGCAGUAAAGGCAUGCGCGUCUUAAGACCAAAAGCAAAAAAAGAGAGACAUAGAACAACAUUUUAUAUGGGUUUUUUUUCUGGCUGCACAAUCGCUCUGCUGAUAGCCCUUGUUUUAAUCGUGCAUGUCCGCAAAAUCAUGAAUGAGACAGGAAGAAUCUUAUACAUGGAAACAAUGUUUCCUCUUUACAGUUUGUUUGGAUUGAUUGUUCUACACCUGCUCAUGUAUGCUGCUAAUAUAUACUUUUGGAGGCGCUACCGAGUGAAUUACUCCUUCAUUUUUGGUUUCAAACAAGGAACCGAACUGGGCUACAGACAAGUGCUUCUUUUCAGUUUUGGAAUUGCGGUACUAGCUCUAUGCAGUGUGCUCUUAAACCUUGACAUGGAGAUGGACCCUAAAACGAAAGAUUACAAGGCGUUCACAGAACUUCUCCCUCUGAAUGUGCUAAUAUUCCUCCUCAUCAUAUUGCUCUUGCCAUUCAACAUGUUUUAUCGCUCAGCUCGCUUCUUCCUCCUCACAUGUGUCUUUCACUGUAUUGCUGCUCCUCUCUACAAGGUAACACUCCCUGAUUUCUUCUUGGCAGACCAACUAACUAGCCAGGUUCAAUCUCUUAGAAGCCUGGAGUUCUACAUUUGCUAUUAUGGUUGGGGAGACUAUAAACACAGACAGAACACUUGCAGAGGCAACACCGUCUUCAAAACUUUCUCAUUCAUCGUUGCUGUGAUUCCGUACUGGUCUCGCCUUCUUCAGUGCCUCCGACGCCUAUUUGAAGAGAGAGAUCCAAUGCAAGGAUAUAAUGGAUUGAAGUAUUUUUUGACAAUAGCAGCUGUUUGCUUGAGGACAGCUUACAGCCUUAACAAAGGAGUUAGUUGGAGAGCAAUAGCAUGGAUUUUCUCAGCCAUUGCAACAAUAUUUAGCACGUAUUGGGAUCUUGUUUUUGACUGGGGGCUACUUCAGCGUCAUUCUAAGAAUCGAUGGCUGAGAGACAAACUCCUUGUCCCUCACAGAUCUGUGUAUUUUGGAGCCAUGGUCUUGAAUGUAUUGCUCAGAUUUGCUUGGCUGCAAACAGUAUUGGACUUCGGGAUUACUUCCUUGCACAAAGAAACCAUGACUGCCCUUGUGGCCAGCCUUGAGAUCUUUCGCCGCGGCAUGUGGAAUUUCUUUAGGUUGGAAAAUGAACAUUUGAACAACGUAGGAAAAUAUCGCGCGUUUAAGUCUGUGCCUUUACCUUUCAACUACGUAGAAGAUGAUGACAGCGAUGACUGAACUACGCUGCAACAUUUGACAAGGAAGAAAACAAGAUGAAGCAAAAUAAGACAAGAACUCUAGCGGUGGCAGAGGGAUCUAGAAUGCAUUUCUUGAAAAAAUGUUACAAAAAGAGGUCUGGAUUCGAUACCUGUUUGGAGCGUAGAUUAUCUUUCUGCAAACGUGGUCGUAUUCUUUGAUUUACUUUUAAAAAAGUCCAAGAUUGUAAAGCAAUGCCAUCCAUGUUUGUCAAAAUGACGUUUUUUCCAUUUUAUAUGAAAGUGGACCAAUUCUUUC